CUGCUUAAAACGACAGCUUCCAAUCUUGGUCGUUGUGGACUUUAUUCAUCCCAAAUCCCAAUCCCAAAAGAGAAUGAGAUGGUGGCGGCGCCGUAGACAAUGAGAACAGCACAUUGCGAUUUCACCCAGAAGCUCCUUCCCUUCAACACCGCCCUCACCAAAUUUCCCCUUCAACGCACGCAACCCUUCUUUCUCCAGCCCCAUCGCAUGGCGGAACCCUCGCGAGCCGCAAAUACGCCCGUGCCGCACCCAAUCCAACCCAAACCCCACGCCCUUGUUGAUGACAACAAUCCCAAUCCGCCGAAGGAGAUUCCGCCGCCACCGGAGAAGCCGGAGCCCGGCGAUUGUUGCGGAAGCGGCUGCGUCCGAUGCGUUUGGGAUAUAUAUUAUGAGGAACUCGAACAAUAUAAUAAUCUCUACAAACAGAACGAUCCAAGCCCCAAACCUUCUUCAUAGUCUUCAGCAGCGCCUGGGUUAGUGUUAUUCAUUGGUUGUAUCCUCAAUUUUGUGGAAGCUCGAAUAUUUUACAGUCCCCCUUUCUAUGAAAAAGGAACCAAAUAUUUUAUCGUGUAUGUCGACUUGUAUUAUAAGAAACUUUUUUUAAUACCAGGAUUCAAUUGCACUUCUCAAGCAUUCCUCAAAAUGGAUUUUACUUUGAGGAUAACAUGUGUUAAAUGACCGGACUUUUAUGGAACUAUCAAUUAGCAAUGGAUUAUACAUGGAAAUAUCUGUGACAA